AUGCCUUCUUCCUCAGUAUCCAUCAUCUCCAAGUGCACUGUCUACCCACAAAACAAAUCUGCCAUUAAAUCUCUUAAGCUCUCUGUAUCUGAUCUUCCCAUGCUUUCGUGCCAGUACAUCCAAAAGGGUGUUUUGUUAUCUCAACCACCAUUUGAGUCCUCCAUUCUCAUCUCUCUCCUCAAGAUUUCUCUCUCUAAAACUCUCUCCCACUUCCCGGCUCUCGCCGGCCGCCUUCAUACUGAUGCUAAUGGCCAUGUCCACAUCCUUUGUAAUGAUUUCGGUAUCGAUUUUGUUCACGCCAAGGCGCCAUACAUAUCUGUUAGUACCCUUCUGCCAUCUGACCAUCAUCAAGAUAUCCAUCCCAGUUUCAGAAAGUUCUUCCAAUUUGAUAACACUCUGAGCUACGUUGGACACUAUAAACCCCUCGUUGCAGUUCAGGUAACCGAGCUCAACGACGGCGUUUUUAUCGGCUGCACCGCCAACCACGCCGUGGUGGACGGUACCUCUUUCUGGAACUUCUUCAAUACCUUUGCAGAGGUCUGUAAGGGGGCGGAGAAGAUCUCCAAAACUCCCAAUUUCAGCCGUGACACCGUGUUAGAUUCACCGGCGUCGCUCAAGUUUCCCGACGGUGGGCCAUCGGUGACUUUUUCCGGCGAUGAACCUUUGCGUGAAAAGAUUUUCCAUUUUAGCAGAGAAGCCAUCUUGAAGCUGAAAUUCAGAGCAAAUAAUCUGUCCCGAAAACCCGAAAUGUCGGGCCCAAAAGGCGUGGAGAUUUUUGGGAAACAGAGAAAUGAUAAUUGGGUUGUUAAUAACGUUGAAAAUAACUGUAAAGUUAACGGAAAAAUAACGUCCGUUUUGGAGGAGCUUCUGUUCAAGAAUGGUACUAACAAAUGGGAACAGAAUCCAACGACUGUGAUUUCAUCAUUUCAGUCACUUAGUGCACAACUUUGGAGGUCGGUGACACGUGCCAGACAAUUAGACGAUAACAAAGUAACGACAUUUAGAAUGGCAGUUAACUGUAGACACCGGCUUGAACCGCGACUCGAGCCACUCUAUUUUGGGAACGCUAUUCAGAGUAUUCCAACAGUUGCAACAGUUGGGGAGCUUUUAUCUAAAGACUUGAAUUGGAGCGCAAAUCAGCUGCACAUGAACGUAGUGGCACACGAUGAUGGUACGGUUCGUCGAGGCGUGAAGGAUUGGGAGAACAACCCGAGGUUGUUCCCACUGGGGAAUUUCGAUGGUGCGAUGAUCACCAUGGGAAGUUCUCCAAGAUUUCCAAUGUACGAUAAUGAUUUUGGAUGGGGUCGACCAUUGGCGGUUAGAAGUGGUAGGGCCAAUAAAUUUGACGGUAAGAUCUCAGCCUUCCCUGGACGAGAAGGAAAUGGAAAUGUUGAUCUGGAGGUUGUUUUAGCUCCUGAGACCAUGGCUGGCUUAGAGAACGAUAUGGAGUUCAUGCAAUAUGUUUCCUGA